CCAUCUCCGGCAGCAGGAAAGCAGACUGGCACUCCCAAAACUCCGACAAAGCUCUCACGAAAGCCUGCCCAAACCCCGCAGAGACCCGCACAGACAUCAGAAAGCAAGCCAGUGCCAUCUACGCCAAAAGCCGCUCAGCCUGAGAAGCCCGAGACCGACUCACCGAAGCUUCCACCCCGACCAGAUGUCGCGGGCAAAACUGAAGAGGUCACAGGAGAGGCUGAGAGCAUGGCUGAUGAUGUUCAAAGCAAAGCGGGACAGGCCCAGAGCUCUGCCGGAGACGACGACGAAGAUGAUGGACCGCUGAGUAAAGUCACUCAAGCCGGCCAAAAGGGCCAGGAGGGCCUUCAGCAGCAAGCACCGGAACCAGUCCAGGACGACGAUGACGACGAUGACGAAGAAGAAGCCGACACGAUUUCUGGAGCGCAGCAACAAACGAAGGACUUCUCAUCAGAUGCAGGCGACGAGGCCGAGGACGUUGCCGAUGACGCCACGGAAAAGGCCGGCGACACUCAACCGCAAGGUAAGAAGGGCAACGGUCUGCUGUCUGGUGCUAAAGGCCUAGCUGGCAAGGCUCAGGGCCUAGCAGGCAAGGCCUCUCAGGAUCCGAAAGCUGCCGCUCAACAAGCAGGCGACGAUGCCAAGGAAGCGGUCGAUGGCGCAAAGGAGACAGCUGAGGACGCCCAGGAUCAGGCUGGCGAAGCGGUCGGUGGCGCAAAGGCGACAGCUGACGGCGUCAAGGACCAGGCUGGCGAAGCGGUCGGUGGCGCAAAGGCGACAGCUGACGGCGUCAAGGACCAGGCUGGCGAAGCGGUCGAUGGCGCAAAGGAGACAGCUGAGGACGCCCAAGACCAGGCCGAAGACACUGUCAAUGGUGUCAAGGACGAUUUACCAGUUCCUGAAGGCCUGCCGGUCGAUCUUUCAGUUCUCAGAGGCCUCGAAGUCGACGAAGAGGGCCUUGCGUACGACAAAGAAGGAAAUCCAAUUGGUCGUCUUGCUGAAGGUGACGCUGAAGAUCUGGCCGGAUACCCAAUCGGUGAUGACGGCGAGAUCCUGGAUGACGAUGGCGAUCUUGUUGGUCGCGUAGAGCUCCUACCAGACGAGAUCAAGCUUGAGGAGGAAGUUGACGAAGCCGCCGCCAAUCUUCCUUCCACUUCAAUUCUCAAAGGACUCACCUGCCAAAUUGAUGGCCUCAUCUACGACGCCGAUGGUAACACUGUUGGUCGUGUCAUCGAUGGCGACCCUCAAGAGCUGCAAAAUGCCACACUCAACGAUCAAGGCGAGUUCAUCGACAAAGACGGAAACGUCGUUGGUCACGCAGAGAUCCACGAGGACGCAGAAGAGCUUGUUCAGCAAGGCAUCUAUAAACCAGCGGAACAAGCACAGCAGGUCGCCGAGGAUGCCCAAGAGCAAGUCCAUGGUGUCAAAGAGGGUGCUGAAGAUGUAGCUGGCCAAGUCGAGGAAUCGCCCCCCGAGAUUGAAGACCAGCUUCCUGGCAUCGAGGCACUACAAGGCAAGGAGCUCAACGAAGCUGGCGAAAUUGUUGACGAGGAGGGCAUUGUCCUCGGUAAUGUCGCCGACGAAGACCUCAAGAAGAAGAUCGAAGAGGGCGAGAUUCAGCCAGAGACACUCAAGGUUGACGAAGAAGGCAAUCUCGUUGAUGGAGAGGGCAAUAUUCUUGGCAAGACCGAACUUGCCGAGGGUGCCGCUGAGAAGCUCGCCGGCCUUACUAAGCUGCUGGAUAUGCGCAUCCUCGAUGGCAAGCGAAUCAACAAGAAGGGCACAAUCCUUGACGAUGAUGGAGAGGAGAUCGGUGAGCUCACCGAUGGCGAGCUCAGUGAUUGUGCCGGCGCUCGUGCCAACGACAAAGGCGAAGUCUUCAACAAGAAGGGUGAGCUUGUCGGCCACGUCCGCGUCGUGCCUGGCGAAGCCGCAGAGAACGCCACUCGCGAGCUUCUCGAGGAGCUUGGCGAGCUUGAAGACCAGGCAGAAGAACAGAUCGAAGACGCGCAAGACCAAGCGGUGGAAGUCGCAGAACCACUCAUGGAGGAGCCUGAGCUUAAUAUUCUGGAUGGCCUGAAGGUCAACAAGAAGGGCAAGGUGCUCAACGAAGAUGGCGAAGAGAUUGGCGAGCUGACGGCUGGUGAUCUCUCCAAGUGUGCUGGGAAGAAGAUCAACGCUGUCGGCGAAGUAAUCGACAAGGAUGGCAAUGUCGUCGGCCACGUUCGCACCCUCCCUCAAGAGGUUCAACAGGAGGUCGAAGCUCCCGCUGUGUCAAUCCUCGAAGGCCUCAAAGUCAACAAGAAGGGACAAGUCCUCAACGAGGACGGCGAGCCGAUUGGCGAACUCACGAGCGGAGACCUCGCACAAGUUGCAGGCAAGAAGAUCGAUGCCAAGGGUCAAGUUCUCGAUGACCAAGGCAACGUUCUUGGGACCGUUCGAACUCUGCCCAUCGGCGACCAAGAGGAACAGCAAGAGGAGCCGCAAGAGGAAGAGUCGGCACAAGAGGAGGAGGAAGGCGACCAGCUCCCUCCUCUGUCCAUACUGGAAGGCCUCAAGGUCAACAAGUCAGGCAAGCUCAUCGAUGGCAAUGGUGCUGUCGUUGGUGAACUUGUUGAGGGCGAUCCCAAGAAGCUCUCCAAGUCUGGUGCGACUUGUGAUGCUGAAGGCCAAUUCUGGGACAACAAGGGCCAUGUCAUUGGCCGUGCUCAGACUCUACCUCAAGAGGAGCCGGAAGAGGAGGCUCCCUUCGCUGGCUUAGAAGGUCUGCGGGUCGUCGAAGAGGGCUGGGUCCAAGACGAGAACGGCAACACUGUCGGCUACGUGACUGAAGGCGAAGCUAGCAAGCUCAUCGGUCGCGUUGUUGACGAGGACGGCGACAUCAUCGACAAGAAGGGCUCUGUCGUCGGACAUGCCGAACGUUACGUGCCAGAAGAGCAAGAAGAGGUUCUAGAAGAGGCACCCGAUCUCUCCUUCCUCGAAGGCAAGACGGUCACCAAAGCUGGACUUGUCAUUGGCGACGAAGGUAUUCCUGUUGCACGCCUGGUUGAGGGCAGUGCCAAAGAACUCACCGGCAAGCCACUCGACAAGGUAGGCCAAUUCUGGAACGAUAAGGGAGCUGUCAUCGGAAAGGUGGAGCUGAUCCCGGAGUCGGAACGUGAGGCCAAACCAGAGGGCCCAUUUGCCGGCUUGGACGACCUGCGCGUUAUUGAAGGCGGCAAAAUCGCUGAUGAAGACGGAAACGUCGUUGGCGAAAUCGUCGAAGGCAACCCGAAGCGUCUCGUGGGCUUGUCCGUGGACGAGGACGGAGACAUUGUCGACAAGUACGGCAAUGUCAAAGGUCAUGCCGAGCCUUUGCCUGAAGAAGAGCCACUGGAUUACACGAUUCUCGAUGGGUUGACCUUGAACAAGUCUGGCUUCGUGGUGGAUGAAAAUGGCAUUCCAUUUGGAAAGAUUGUAGAAGGUAACGCUUCUGAGCUUGCGGGACGUCAAUGCGAUGAGCAGGGCUACCUCCACAAUGAUCGCGGCAAGCCAGUUGGUCGCUGCGAGCCGAUCCCAGAGAACGAGCGUGUCGCACGUGCGGAGGGACCUUUUGCUGGUCUCGAAGGCCUUCACGUCGUCAAAGAUGGCAAGGUAGAGGACGGGAAUGGCAAUGUCGUAGGAGAGAUUACCGAAGGAGAUGCCAAGCGCCUGGUUGGCAUGAAGGUUGACGAAGAUGGCGACAUCAUCGACAAAUUCGGAAACACCAAAGGCCACGCUGAGCCGUUGGUGGAAGAGGAAGAGCAACCACUCGACAACAGUGCGCUCGAAGGCAAAUAUCUCAACAAGCAAGGGUAUGUCGUUGACGACAAGGGCAUUCCUUUCGGUCGCCUUGUCGAGGGCAAUGUCUCUGAGCUUGCCGGCCGCAAGUGUGACGAGAACGGCUUCAUCUAUGGCGAUACUGGCAAGGUGGUCGGCAAGUGCGAGAUCCUACCUGAGAACGAGAGAGUUGCUCGUCCCGAAGGUCCAUUCGCCGGACUUGAGGGCCUUAGAGUGGUAAAAGACGGCUUCGUCGAAGACCAAGAUGGCAACCGUGUUGGACAGAUUGUGGAGGGAGAGCCCAAGAGAUUGGUCGGACUCCAUGUCGAUGAAGAUGGUGAUAUCAUCGACAAGUACGGCAACGUGAAGGGACACGCCGAGCCUUGGACCGAGGAAGAGGUUGAAGAAAAAGAUCUUUCGAUCCUUGCCAACACCACUAUCAACAAAUCUGGCUACGCUGUUGAUGGCUCUGGCCAGAUCAUUGGACAGGUCGUCGAAGGUGACGUUGGCACCUUGGUCGGUAAGAAGGUCGAUGGCAAAGGCCAGAUCUGGGAUAACUCAGGCAAUGUCAUCGGCAAAGCAGAUACGAUCACUGGUGUCAACGCAGAAGAAGGUCCAUUUGCUGGUUUCGACGGUCUUCAAAUCAACAAGGAUGGAACAGUCACUACCCCUGCCGGCGAUAUCAUCGGUCGUGUUAUCGAGGGAGACAUCAAGAAACUGCUGGGCCACACUGUCGACGAGGAUGGAGACAUCCUCGACAAGAACGGAAACAAGAUCGGAAAAGCCGAGCGAUGGGAGCCCGAAGAGAAGGAACGUCGCGUCAACCCAAUGUCUGGCAAGCGUGUGAACAAGGACGGCGAGGUCCGUGACGAGAAUGGAGAUCUGAUGGGCAAGCUUACCAUGGGUGAUCUCGGUCAUUGCGUCGGACAAGAGAUUGAUGAUGCUGGAAACGUCGUCGACGUAGAAGGCAACAAGAUUGGUGAAGUCACACUGAUUGAGAACAUCGCCGAAGAUGAGUAUGAGGGCCCAACCGAAGACGAACUCGAGGAAGCUCGCAAACGUGAAGAGGAGCGACAGAUUGCUGAGAAGAUGUGCGGCAUCACCCAGCAAACUCUCGAGCGCAUGCAGCCCAUCUGCAAGCAAAUCAAAGAGCACAUGGAGAAAGCCGACAACACUCCCAAGGACGAACUUGAUGAGGAGGAACUGGUCAAUAACGUAAAGCCUCUCAUUGAAGAAGGUGGCCGCAUACUGCAAGAAUGCAAUGGGUCCCUGCGUGGUCUGGAUCCUGACGGCAAGAUCGCAGCUCAAGCCAAAGGUCGUGCGGGAACCGGUGAGGCUACUCCUGAGGAAUUCCGACUUGCAGAGACUCUCAAGGAAUUGACAACUACUGUCGUGACAACCAUCGACGAUGCGAAGAAGAAGUUGAACAACAUGCCUCACGCCAAGAAGAAGCUCAAUCCACUCUGGAGUCUGAUGACCCAACCUCUAUUCCAAAUUCUGGCUGCUGUCGGACUUCUCCUCGCAGGUGUCCUGGGUCUCGUCGGUCAACUCCUCAAUGGUCUUGGUCUGGGAGGUCUCGUCAACGGACUUCUCGGCGGUCUGGGUAUCAACAAGCUUCUCGCAUCUUUCGGUCUGAUUGACGAGGACAAGAGCAAGAAGAAGAAGAAGGGAGGUGGAAACAAACUUUCCUCUCUACCCAUCGUUGGUGGACUUCUUGGCAGUAAGUAA